AUGUUUGCACGGGCUUCUUUGCUUCUUGCUUUGGGGGUUUUUCUUUCAUAUCUAUAUGUCCCGAGUAAGCCUAAUGAGUCCACGAGUGAUGUGAACAUAACAAAUAAAACCCAAAAAGUGCAUAUGUUUCUCUGUGCAGAUAAUGGGACUUAUUCGGGUCGACAUGAGCUUCAUUAUAUUAAGGACGCUAUGGAAGAUAUCCGUAGUGUUGAAAUUGCAGACUGUCAAACCGCUUUUUUUGGUUAUCUCGUAAAGAGUACUGGUGAACGAUUACCAUCAUUAAUUGUAACUACAGGCAUUUACGUUGUGAGCGCUGCGGCGUGUACGGUGAAUCUCAUGCAGGACCCACGCUAUGAGGCCUUAUCCAUUGUCUAUCUUGGAACUGCUGGUAUAUCCCCCACUGUGGGUGGAUGGAACCCAAAUGUGGUGGGUGGCUGCGGUGUGUUGGAGAAACCAAAUAAAAAUCAUUUGGGAAGUGUCUGCGUUACAAACGCUGCACUGCUGCAGGAGUGUGGAAUUUGUUAUGAAGAAACGGUGAAAUCGGAGUGUUCACGUCCUAAUUGUGUGCGGCAUAAUGAUACCACCUUCUUUGGACGUUGUGCCUAUCGACAUCCAACAUCAUUGGCGUCUAUGAUGCGAGAGGCGAUGAAGGGAAAAGAAUUUCCAGCACCAUCAAGUACUGUGAAGGAGGGAAUGGAAUCCUUCUGGAAGGCCCAUAGCGCAGUGGAAGAUCGUACACCACCGGCAACACCUCAACUGUUAAACUGCGCAGAGACAGACACAAGUCAAAUUCUUGCAGGGGCACGCAGCGAUUUGCUUUGUCGUGAAUACAGUCAUGACCUACUUCCUGAUAUUCCUUUGGAAGAUCAUACCUGUGUCCAGGCAAUGGAAGGAUUUGGAUUUCUACAUGUCAUGUCUCGCUAUCCACAUGUACCAAUAGCGUUGGUACGUGCCGGUUCUAAUUAUAAUAUGUAUCCAAUGUCCAUUAUUGGUAAAGAUGAUGAUGGAACACCUAUCUGGAGUCAAAAUACUACUUUCAUGACUGAAGAAGAGUACAAUGAAUAUACAAGGGCCUCAUAUCGUUAUGCUGUAUUGACGGCCAGUACGGUUGUAUUAAACUAUUUUACAGGAUCCCCAGCUGUUAGCGUGGAAUGA